GUAAUGACACUUUUGUCAUUAAUAUGUUUAUAAUCAACUGAUAAAAGCACAAAUGUCAGAGCAUGUCAAAACUUCUCCAGGGCCCAAAAUCAGCCUCAGACUCCAGAGGGUUAAACGAGUGCAUUGAAUAACAGAAUGGGAAAGGAGAGAGAGAGAAAAGAGAAAAACAAACAAUUCAGAGGCACUUGAUUCAAACUUGAAUUGAACUCUUGUUCAAUUAAAUUAAAAUAAAUGCACAGAAGAACAGCAUGGGACAAAGAGAGGAGAAAGCCUUCCCUAUUUGUGGAUUUCCCUAAAGGAAAUUGCUUUUUGGUAAGCCAAGAUGCCAACUGAUUGACACUACCUAAUUUUAAAUUACAAUUAAACGUUGUUCAAUUAAUUUUAGAAUAAAUGUAUGAAAUAAGGGAGGCUUGGGUGUGUGUGUGAAUGUUAUUGUCAGGCAAUAACAAACAGGACACAGGACUAAGAGUGAAUGAAAUAAAGCAUUAAGUGAUACAAGGGAAAGAAUUUCCGAAGUAAAUAAAAACAAAGGAAAUAAAGAGAAAAAAAACAAAACAAAAAGGUAAUAAUAAAAUUAAAACAUAAAUAAAAUAAUAAUGAUAACUCAAGAGAACGAAAAAAAAAUUGAGUUAAAUCAAAAGAGUAGAAUAAAAUUAAAUAAAAAUAGAAUAGAAUAGAAUAGAAUAGAAUAGAAUAGAAUAGAAUAGAAUAGAAUAGAAUAGAAUAGGGUAAAUCUGUGACCGAAAAAAAAGAGGAGAGGAAAGGACACACAGAUGGCAGCGAAUUGACUUCCGGAUACGUCCACCAGGGGGAGCACUUCCAGGAAGUGAAUUCUUUGUUGGACGGGCAACUUAAUUCAAAUUAAAGAUUUAAAACGUGUUUAAACCAAAUUUAACUAAGUAAACCACAUUCCAAAAACGAUUGAAAAGCAUAACCAUCAACAAAUAGUUAGCCUAUAACAGCAACGUUGAAGUAGUCACAGGGAAAUUUGGAGACAAUUCAGUUCAAAGUAUGGCGAGCAGCUUUAACUCAGAACGUCCACGCGGUGGCGUUGCUGAGUCAACACAACAAUGAAGUAGGGAGGGGUGCCCCACCUGGACAGACUGCCCUCUGGCGUCUGGUCAGGGUUACUGCAUCCACCUCCGUGAUAUUUUUAAAUUAGCGUUACAGCUGAUUUAACUGCACAUAUCACAAAUACAAACUUUUUGGAAUCUCGGCGGAUUCUUCGGUGCCAGUUCACUGGACUGAUGCAACCUUUUAUCACAAGUAUAAAACUUUGGAAACUCGGGGUUUAGUGACCCCCUGUUUGCACAAAUUUUACUGCAUAAAUAUGUAACUGCAGGAUAAUUCACUGCUGUUAUUAGUCACGCUGGAUCAGGGCGUUUUCGACUGGCUCCAACUUUACAAGUCAAAUCGGAUGAAGCAGGUCUUGAGGUCGGCCCUCAGCCACAGGGCGUUUUGAGGAGCAAUGUAUUUGAGUCCAUGAGGACAAUACUGAAGCAUGCUCUGGACUUCAUUGAGCUUUUCAAUAGUGAAAAUACUUUUUAAUAAAAGAAGACUGGAAGCUGUGGAUUAGCAUCUGGCUGCUGGAUCUCCACUAUAACACCUAACUGCAGUUUUCCCUCAAACGCUAAAGGGUUUUUUAAAGGAACUACAGCUGAAAAACUUCACACAAUUGUUGAUCUUCACUUGCUAAACAGAGAGGUGAGCACUUUCUGGCAAAAAACUUUAACAAAAACUGUAUAUUUUGAUUAUAUUCAAGUGAAAACUCUCAUUAUUAUAAGCUAAAAGCUAAGUUAAGCUGGCUGCAGUUUUGGCUCAGUGCCCAUUCUGAUCGCCAUGGUGACCCUGGCGCAGGCAGAGCGCAGGGAGGUGUCUUACCCAGAGAAGUGCAGAAGUGUGCAGAGACAAUCCUGAUCUUCUGUAUGCUGACUACAUUCAACUAAAUGGGAAAAGAAUUAAGAACAACCUCAUCUUCUACACCACUCUGAUUACGGCAUGGAAAUCAGCCAUCUGUGAGGAAUAUAUGUACAUUUUUAAAGAAGGAAUCGGUCGAGGUGGAAGAUUAACUAUAUGCAAAGAUGAACUGCUGGACACAGACAACCCCAUCCUCACCAUAACCUACUACACUAAAGGCACCUUCCUUCUUCAAUGCAAUGAAGCCAGCCUGAACUCAUUCGAGGAGACUUUCCCCCUGCUGAAGGCCAGAGUCGAGGAGGAGAGAGACAUGCCUCAAGCAAACGGCACAGACUCUGAGGAGGAAGACCCAGUCAAUCUUUCACCUUUCACCAUCUGAACGUCGACUGAGAGACAGUUUAGCUUUGCUGGAACUGGACUUCACUGAAUUCAAAGAACAUGCUCAACUCAAACUCUCAGACACACACAACACAAACAUGUUCAUCCAAGAGCUCAAAGAUGAACUCAGGCAGCUGAAGAAAGACACUAACUCCAUCACUGAACUCUCAAGAGCUCUCAGAGAACUAAAAGAAGAAAACCAAACUCUCCGCACACAGAUAUGCAAGCUAGAGAAGGACAAAGAGAGAAAGGAAGAGAACUUCUCCAGACAGCUGCAAGAAAUGAGAGAGCAGUUACAAAAAAACACAGAAGACAACACAAUUCACCUCAGCACAGCUCCUACUACAGACUACACAAACACAGACAGUGAGCCUGCCACAAACACACAGACACCCACAGAAACACAAACAUCACCUGCCCACCCUCCUGAACCUGAUCCAGAUGUUCUCCUCCUCAUGGACUCUAAUGGAAAGUUCUUGGACCCACAGAAACUCUUCCCACAUCAGAAAGUCACUGCAAAGCGAUGCAGCACAACAGGCCACGCCCAGCAGAUCAUCAGAGACUUCACAGGACACCCCUUAUGUGUUAUAAUCCACACCGGGACUAAUGACCUCCACUCGCUGUGCAACAACACUGCUGAUGCUGUCAGGAAAAUUGCGGAAACCGCCAGCAAAAAAUUCCCAGAGUCCCGAAUCAUCAUCUCCACACUUCUCCCACGACGUGACACACCACCACACAUCAUCUACAGCAUCAAUGCUGAAAUUUCCCGCAGAUGUUCUGCACUCCCAAACGUGCACCUGGUCCACCACCAACACAUCGGCCUACAACAUCUGUAUGAUGGACUCCAUCUACACAAAGACGCAGUGCGUGUUUUUGCAAAAACCUUAAAAGAUGCAGCCCUGGGCCGCAGCCCAACAUCAUCAAGACACCUAUUACCAACUCCAGAACGGUACUGACCCAUUCACCCCUACAUGCCCAGACACACCCCUCCGAUCCCGGUGAGGAAAGACGGCAGCUGGACAAGCAUCCCACAUCAUCCACCACACCCACACCCACCUAUGGCUCACUACACACCUGUAAACCUGUGGUCACCAACUUCAUGUCCACCUGCUGGCCAUCAAGCCCCCAUCAGGAAGAAGAAACCAAAGCCCCCCCCCCACAUCCACACCAAGAGAAAUCCCUGCAACCAAGAGCACAGAGCUACGCUGAAGCUGUAGCCCGGCCUCCUGCUCCACCCACCACCGCCACACCUGCCAGCGAACUGAGCCAGAUCAGAGAGAUGCUGCACACACUGUGCAACCAGCUCCUGAGCAGAUAAGAACAGCAUUCACAAACACAGUGCUCUAUUG